UUUCACAUGAAGUGAACCCGCUGUAAGAGUUAAACAGUAUUAAACCCCACUGUGUAUUCAUUUCACUUCACCUGAGCUGCGGACUCUGAACUUGUGCCCAUACUGUCGUUGAUAAAGCCAAGGAAUGCGUACACGUCGUUCAGAAACCCUUAUUUAUCAGUAUAAUUAGCCUAUUCUUUAGGGGGGACGGAACAGGUGCAUGAACGGCGAUCAGAGAUGUGAUUGAAACAGAAGUGUGUUGUCCCCCACCUGUCCGCCAGGGGACCGGUUUCCCCCGUUCCACCGUCUCCAGGCUAAUCCCUCAGUCGACGUCAGGAAUGGCCGACCAGGACAGCAGCAACGCAUCUCCAGAGACACAAGUCUCUGACUCUCAGACCAAAGCAGAGGAGAGGAGAUGGUCGGGUCAGACCCAGUCCUCCACCCCGACUGUAACAUUAUCACCUACUCCCAGCAACAAUGCUGCUAACAAACCAGAGCCGUUGGUCCUCAAGAUUGACGAGCGACAGAGACUGGCCCGGGAGCGUCGAGAGGAGAGGGAGAAACAGACCGCUGCCAGGGAGGCUGUGUGGCAGGAGAGGGAGGAGAGGGCCAGACACUACUAUGACAAACACCUGGAGGAGAGGAAGAGGAAGAUGGAGGAACAGAGGAGGAAGGAGGACAGGAGACGAUCUGCUGUGGAGGAGAAGAGAAGACAGAACCUGGAGGAGGAGAAGGCCCGUCAUGAGGCGGUGAUGCGUCGGACGGUGGAGAGAAGUCAGAGAGCCAAACACACACCCAACCGCUGGUCCUGGGGCGGCGCACUGCCUGGAAACACACCCACCACACCCGGGGAUGCUGACAGACGGUCUGUGUCGACCAUGAACCUUUCUAAACAUGCAGCUGAUCCAGUUAUAACCAAGAGACUGUCCUAUUCCUCUGCCACACUCUUACAUUCUCCAGACCGAGGCAUGCGUUGUAUGCCGCUGACCCCGUGGGAGAACACAGUGGUCAAUCGUCUGCUACAGCCCACACACUCCUACCUGGCACGCAGCCGCAGCGCCAUGAGCCUGUCUGGAGACACAGGAGCCAUGCCUGUAUGUCCUCGCUCAGUGUCCUGCCACCCUAUGGGAUCUAUGUCCUUCAAGUCCAUCCAGUCCCAGCCUCUGACCGUCUGCCGCAGCCAAGAGCCACGCCUCCCCAGGGACAUGACCAACUGCAGGAGGACCACCGGCAACGCACCGGAUAAACAUAAGGACUUUAUCAGGAAGUCUUGGAGCAACCUCUCCCUGCCUCUGACCACUCCUCCUCUGACCACGCCUACUGCCAAGCGGUUCCGGUCACCAGGGAAACAGCAGAGUAGAGUGACACCGCCCUCACCUGGCAGAACCCCCCAGAAGCUGUCCCUUCCUCCCUCCAGACCCCCCCAGAAGCUGUCCCCUCGCCCCUCCACCCCCAAGCAGCUACGGUCUCCCAGUGGAGAGGACUUGGGGAACCUCAGGCCCAGUAGGACAGUGCCAGAGAGCCUGUCUCUGAUUGGACUACAGGCAGGAGGACCUGAGGGAGACCAGGGGGCUGUGACCCCCUCCCAGCCCCGCCCCCAGAGCCUGGGCCAACCCAAAGCCUGCCCCAGCACAGACACGAAGGACACACUGUCAGCAGUCAGCGAGAGUGUGGGCAGUUCCCCAGCCCAUAAGUCUACUGCAGGCACCACAGACCCAGAGGAGGCCACACGGAUCCUGGCAGAGAAACGCAGACAAGCCCGGGAACAGAGGGAGAGAGGGGAGGAGAGGAGAGGGAUACAGGAGGAGGCAGAGAGAGAGGAGGAGGAGGAGGAGAGAAGGAGGGAGGAGGAGGAGAGAGCCCAGCAGGAGAGAGAGGAGGGCAGAAGAGAGAAGGAGGAAUGUCGUCAGAGGGAGGAUGCAGACAGACUGAGGAAGGAGAGAGAGAAACAUUUUCAGAAAGAAGAGGCUGAAAGGUUGGAGAGGAAGAAGCGGCUGGAGGAGAUCAUGAAGAGGACCCGUCGCUCAGAUCAAGUGGAGAAGAAAGCCACUCUUCAAAAGAACAUAGACGAAUCAGCGUCAAACUGUGAUUCUCCGGACCCCUCAGUGAGCCUGUCAGGGGCCGAGCACAGCGACCGCAACGGAGCCUCCAACCCUAACACUGACCCCAGCCUCAACACUGACCCCAGCACAGCACUGCUGCCACCUGCUGACGAGAGGGAGAACGGGUUGUUUGAGGAGGUGAUUGUUCUCCCUGCUGACUCCAGACUUCCUCCUGGUGAGAAGCAGCAUGUACCUGCCACUGCGUUCCAGGAGAACGGGAUCGUAAAGCCGCUGCGUGAAGGAGUAGAUGACCCUCCAACACAACACACAGCAGAUGUCUGAUGGCUGGAAAACAGGAGAUGGUGAGAGAUGAAGGAGAGGUGGAACCAUGGACAGGGCCUCCUGGUGUCCAGGUUUCUCCCCAUGUUACCAGAACCUCCUUCCAACACUGCCCUCCUUCUCAAGACUUCUCACAGCAUCUUCUGGCCUAGAGAGAAUCUGUUCCCAACUCAACCUAGAGGUUUCUACAGGGGUGGAAGGGGAUAAUAAACCUAGAGGUUUCUACAGGGGUGGAAAAGGUGAUAAUAAACCUAGAGGUUUCUACAGGGGUGGAAGGUGAGGAGGUAAACCUAGAGGUUUCUACAGGGGUGGAAGGGGAUAAUAAACCUAGAGGUUUCUACAGGGGUGGAAGGUGAGGAGGUAAACCUAGAGGUUUCUACAGGGGUGGAAGGUGAGGAGGUAAACCUAGAGGUUUCUACAGGGGUGGAAGGGGAUAAUAAACCUAGAGGUUUCUACAGGGGUGGAAGGUGAGGAGGUAAACCUAGAGGUUUCUACAGGGGUGGAAGGUGAGGAGGUAAACCUAGAGGUUUCUAUAGGGGUGGAAGGGGAUAAUAAACCUAGAGGUUUCUACAGGGGUGGAAGGGGAUAAUAAACCUAGAGGUUUCUACAGGGGUGGAAGGGGAUAAUAAACCUAGAGGUUUCUACAGGGGUGGAAGGUGAUAAUAAACCUAGAGGUUUCUACAGGGGUGGAAGGGGAUAAUAAACCUAGAGGAUUUCUACAGGGGUGGAAGGGGAUAAUAAACCUAGAGGUUUCUACAGGGGUGGAAGGGGAUAAUAAACCUAGAGGUUUCUACAGGGGUGGAAGGUGAUAAUAAACCUAGAGGUUUCUACAGGGGUGGAAGGUGAGGAGGUAAACCUAGAGGUUUCUACAGGGGUGGAAGGGGAUAAUAAACCUAGAGGUUUCUACAGGGGUGGAAGGUGAUAAUAAACCUAGAGGUUUCUACAGGGGUGGAAGGGGAUAAUAAACCUAGAGGUUUCUACAGGGGUGGAAGGGGAUAAUAAACCUAGAGGUUUCUACAGGGGUGGAAGGGGAUAAUAAACCUAGAGGUUUCUACAGGGGUGGAAGGUGAGGAGGUAAACCUAGAGGUUUCUACAGGGGUGGAAGGUGAGGAGGUAAACCUAGAGGUUUCUACAGGGGUGGAAGGUGAGGAGGUAAACCUAGAGGUGUCUACAGGGGUGGAAGGUGAGGAGGUAAACCUAGAUGUUUCUACAGGGGUGGAAGGUGAGGAGGUAAACCUAGAGGUUUCUACAGGGGUGGAAGGUGAGGAGGUAAACCUAGAGGUUUCUACAGGGGUGGAAGGUGAGGAGGUAAACCUAGAGGUUUCUACAGGGGGGGAAGGGGAGGUAAAGAAUAGUGUACACUACUGAUUCUUAUUGCUGUAAAGAAUAGUGUACACUACUGAUUCAUAUUGCUGUAAAGAAUAGUGUACACUACUGAUUCUUAUUGCUGUAAAGAAUAGUGUACACUACUGAUUCUUAUUGCUGUAAAGAAUAGUGUACACUACUGAUUCAUGUUUUAGUUUGAUUCUUAUCACUGUAAAGAUGAAAUGGGAUUUUUCUCACUCUUGCGUUUCUUCUGUAGAGCUUAAAAACAUUUCCUUUCGGUUUUUGCUAUUUUUUUCUAUGACGAUCAGAUUGAGUGAUUGAUUAACCUCCCAACCCAAAGAUCCCGCCAAAUUCACAUCGUGUCAGUGAUUUGAUUGGCUCCUCUCUCAAAGCUGCACGUUGUUGACGUCCCCUUCAGCCAGUCAGCAGGAAGGGGUGGUUACCCCCUGUAACAGACAUCUCCUCCUCCUCUAGAUGUCUCUAGUGAAGGAAGGGGUGGUUCCCCCCUGUAACAGACAUCUCCUCCUCCUCUAGAUGACUCUGUAGUGAAGGAAGGGGUGGUUCCCCCCUGUAACAGACAUCUCCUCCUCCUCUAGAUGUCUCUGUAGUGAAGGAAGGGGUGGUUCCCCCCUGUAACAGACAUCUCCUCCUCCUCUAGAUGACUCUGUAGUGAAGGAAGGGGUGGUUCCCCCCUGUAACAGACAUCUCCUCCUCUAGAUGACUCUGUAGUGAAGGAAGGGGUGGUUACCCCCUGUAACAGACAUCUCCUCCUCUAGAUGUCUCUGUAGUGAAGGAAGGGGGGGUUCCCCCCUGUAACAGACAUCUCCUCCUCCUCUAGAUGUCUCUGUAGUGAAGGAAGGGGUGGUUCCCCCCUGUAACAGACAUCUCCUCCUCCUCUAGAUGUCUCUGUAGUGAAGGAAGGGGGGGUUCCCCCCUGUAACAGACAUCUCCUCCUCUAGAUGACUCUGUAGUGAAGGAAGGGGUGGUUCCCCCCUGUAACAGACAUCUCCUCCUCUAGAUGUCUCUGUAGUGAAGGAAGGGGUGGUUCCCCCCUGUAACAGACAUCUCCUCCUCCUCUAGAUGUCUCUGUAGUGAAGGAAGGGGUGGUUCCCCCCUGUAACAGACAUCUCCUCUAGAUGUCUCUGUAGUGAAGGAAGGGGUGGUUCCCCCCUGUAACAGACAUCUCCUCCUCCUCUAGAUGACUUGUAGUGAAGGAAGGGGUGGUUCCCCCCUGUAACAGACAUCUCCUCCUCUAGAUGACUCUGUAGUGAAGGAAGGGGUGGUUCCCCCCUGUAACAGACAUCUCCUCUAGAUGUCUCUGUAGUGAAGGAAGGGGUGGUUCCCCCCUGUAACAGACAUCUCCUCCUCCUCUAGAUGUCUCUGUAGUGAAGGAAGGGGGGGUUCCCCCCUGUAACAGACAUCUCCUCCUCUAGAUGACUCUGUAGUGAAGGAAGGGGUGGUUCCCCCCUGUAACAGACAUCUCCUCCUCCUCUAGAUGUCUCUGUAGUGAAGGAAGGGGUGGUUCCCCCCUGUAACAGACAUCUCCUCCUCCUCUAGAUGUCUCUGUAGUGAAGGAAGGGGUGGUUCCCCCCUGUAACAGACAUCUCCUCCUCCUCUAGAUGUCUCUGUAGUGAAGGAAGGGGGGGUUCCCCCCUGUAACAGACAUCUCCUCCUCUAGAUGACUCUGUAGUGAAGGAAGGGGUGGUUCCCCCCUGUAACAGACAUCUCCUCCUCCUCUAGAUGUCUCUGUAGUGAAGGAAGGGGUGGUUCCCCCCUGUAACAGACAUCUCCUCCUCCUCUAGAUGUCUCUGUAGUGAAGGAAGGGGGGGUUCCCCCCUGUAACAGACAUCUCCUCCUCCUCUAGAUGUCUCUGUAGUGAAGGAAGGGGUGGUUCCCCCCUGUAACAGACAUCUCCUCCUCCUCUAGAUGUCUCUGUAGUGAAGGAAGGGGUGGUUCCCCCCUGUAACAGACAUCUCCUCCUCCUCUAGAUGUCUCUGUAGUGAAGGAAGGGGGGGUUCCCCCCUGUAACAGACAUCUCCUCCUCCUCUAGAUGUCUCUGUAGUGAAGGAAGGGGUGGUUCCCCCCUGUAACAGACAUCUCCUCCUCCUCUAGAUGUCUCUGUAGUGAAGGAAGGGGUGGUUCCCCCCUGUAACAGACAUCUCCUCCUCCUCUAGAUGUCUCUGUAGUGAAGGAAGGGGGGGUUCCCCCCUGUAACAGACAUCUCCUCCUCUAGAUGACUCUGUAGUGAAGGAAGGGGUGGUUCCCCCCUGUAACAGACAUCUCCUCCUCCUCUAGAUGUCUCUGUAGUGAAGGAAGGGGUGGUUCCCCCCUGUAACAGACAUCUCCUCCUCCUCUAGAUGUCUCUGUAGUGAAGGAAGGGGUGGUUCCCCCCUGUAACAGACAUCUCCUCCUCUAGAUGACUCUGUAGUGAAGGAAGGGGGGGUGGUUGUUGUUUCGGCCACACAGCCAACAGAUAGUUCAAUAUUCAAUACUGUUCAAUCGUUGACCCCUGGCAUUUCUAUGAAUUCUAAAAGAACCUUAUCCGAUAGAUUUGAAUCGUCUUAUGAUCACUAUCAAGGGUUUAUUAAAUGAAGUUGAUGCUGCUGCUAUUUCUGACUUUAUUUUGCCUUAUCAUUUCAGAGAGAGCGAGAGAGGGCAGUUCAGAGACUGUCAGAGAGUCUACACCAUAGAGCGAUGCAUUCAAAGAUGUUCCAUUGAAUUCUAUGGUAAACACACAGUAACGUAAUGACAUGCAGAACAGAUAUGCAUUCCCAACAUGUCAAUAGUGUUUCAGGGGAUUAGUUUGAGCAAGGCGAGGCACAGAAUCACUCAUCUUGAUCAAAUAAUAGUUGAAAAUAACUUGAAUACAUAGUUAUUUGAUAUGCAAGGAGAUGUAUAAAUCAGUAAUGCUGUGAAGUCUGACUGCAACGUAGUUGAUCUCAAAAACCGUGAAGUCUGCACAUAGUAAACUAAUUCCCAAAGACCGUAAACUAAUUCCAAAGAUUGUAAACACAGUCUGCACAUAGUAAACUAAUUCCCAAAGACCGUAAACUAAUUCCAAAGAUUGUAAACACAGUCUGCACAUAGUAAACGAAUUCCCAUAUUCUACUACUCUUCAGCGCUCGGUUCUCUUAGCUUAGCACCAAUGGUUCCAUGUUAUGUUAGAACCCUCUGAACUGUUAGCUUAGCACUAAUGGUUCCAUGUUAUGUUAGAACCCUCUGAACUGUUAGCUUAGCACCAAUAGUUCCAUGUUCUGUUAGAACCCUCUGAACUGUUAGCUUAGCACUAAUGGUUCCAUGUUCUGUUAGAACCCUCUGAACUGUCACAGAACCAUAAAAUGUAGAUAUGGAAUGAUCUUAGGUCGUCUGUGACUUGAUGUUCCAUGGCCGGCAUGCUGUCCUAUCCUGGGCAACGGGUGGGGCAGUCAUGACACGGUUGGGACUUGAUUGACCUUUCUGUUCUAUGAUCUUUUAAAAGCACGUAGGCAUUACUACCAUCGCUUCCCAAAUGGCACCCUGGCCAUAGUGCACAUUUGGGAUGCGGUCUAAAUUUCUUUCAAAUGAAGGUUUGAAGGGGGUAACUACAUGAAGAGCAUAUUAAUACAUAUAUGAUAUAUUAUGUAUAUAUUUUACUAAGACUGACCACAAAUAAACGGUCCUUCACUGAGACGGAGAGGGCUGAAAACAGAAUGGGUUCUAUAAUAGAACUCUAAUGGUUCUGAACCAUAGGGUGGGUUCUAUAACAGAACUCGAAUGGUUCUGAAUCAUAGGGUGUGUUCUCUAAUAUUACUCUAAUGGUUCUGAACCAUAGGGUGGGUUCUGUAAGAGAACUCUAGUGGUUCUAGGGUUCUUCUGACUCUGUGCUCCUGUCUGGCUUCAUAGUAAUUGCUUGUCAGAGCUUCUGUCAAGUCGUUUCCCAACAGUUCCAUCUGUAUAGCAUGUCAAUAAAACACAUUUUGUCUGGAG